AUGGAAGACGUCAAUGUUACCCAGCAGCUCCGACUGGUCAUCGUGCACCUGUUGGAUACGUUCAACUAUAGAAACGCCGAGUUUGCUGCCGAGCACUUGGUCGCUUUAACCCCAAACAACCCAGACCUGCUCUUUCUAUAUGCCCUAGUGCUAUACCGUCAGAGCAAAUACAAACUGGCCUUCAACAGAACGGCACUGGAGCUUGCUCAUGGCCACUUGGGCUGUGCCUACAUCUACGCAAGACUGUGUCUUCACUUGGGCAAAUACAAGGAGGGAAUCUACACUUUGGUGGGAGUACUGCCUUUGUACAAUGAAAGCAGUGAAUCCAAGAGCCUGUCGUGGGGACAACUGCCGGAGCCUGAACCCCUGACUUCGUACUUUCUGCUGCCUAGACAGCGUCACGAAUACGAAACACACAGGCUGCUUCUCCCUGACCUGCUGGCAGUGUACCACUUGCUAGGAGACUUGUAUAAGGCAGAGGGUGACACCACAAAGAGCGCCUUGAACUACGCCACGGCUGUGAAACUCAACGUCUUUGACUUUGAAGCAUUCCAAGAGUUGGCUCGCUCUGGUACCGACGUCAGAGUAAAGGCCAUCUACAAGCCAAACCAGCGUCGCACCCUGCCUCUGCCGGUUCUCGAACCUAAAAGCAUCAACACAAACGACUCGGCAGGCAUAUCCAACCCAUUUGCUACGCCUAGAUUGGCCAAAAAUGUCGAUGUCUCCACGCCUCGAAUACUAUCGGCGUCAGUGCCAGAUGCUCCGCUUCGAAAGCCCCAGGAUGAGUUCAAACCACCUGCGCCAGUGCUGAAUGCGUCUCUACAACAGGUGCCUCAAAUCCAGGUACCUCAGCCUCCAAAGAAACACUAUACAAAACGGCUGUCGUUGGCGCCUCCCUCGGCUCAGACUCGCCAGGGCCUCAAGAGAACUUCGUCGCUGGGUUUCAUCUCAGAGGCUCGUCUGCCCUCACAGAAGGACGUUGAAGCUGCCGACCUCACCCUACGCAAACUCUUCUCCACUUUGGCCAAGGCAUACAAGUGCUUCUGUAAGUAUGACUGCUACAAGGCCAUCCGUCUUCUUGAGCUGUUGCCUGACAAUAUCAAGGACACUCCCUGGGCUCUCAGUAAGCUCGGGCGUCUUCACUAUGAGAUCGUCAAUUAUAAGCAGAGCCGACGUUUCUUUAUCAGGUUGCGCCAGUCAGACCGUACCAGACUUGAGGACAUGGAGUACUACUCCACAUUACUUUGGCAUUUACAGAAAAAUGUCGAGCUCACCUACUUGGCCAACGAAGUCCACGACAUUGACGCUCUGCUGCCCAUUACCUGGUGUGUCAUGGGCAACCUCUUCUCGUUGACUCGAGAACCUGACGAAGCUAUUCGUUGCUUUGACAAAGCCAUCAAGAUCGACCCUCAUUUCACCUAUGCACAUACGCUCAAGGGCCAUGAGUACUACUCGAACGAUAACUACGAAAAGGCUCUCGAUUGUUUCCGCUUGAGUCUUCUCAUGGACCCUCGUCACUACAAUGCCUUGUAUGGAAUUGGAAUGGUGUACAUCAACUUGGGUGAGCUCAGUAAGGCAGACUUCCACUUCAAAAAAGCCGUGGCGAUCAACCCGAUCAACGUGAUCUUGAUUUGCUGUGUCGGAAUGGUGUUGGAAAAGCUUGGUAAGAAGUCAUUGGCAUUGAAGCAAUACGACUUGGCCAGCAAGCUUCAACCUCUCUCGGCGUUGCCCAUCUUUAAAAAAGCCUCGCUUCUAUUCUCCCUCCAACAAUUCGAUAAGGCCUUGGAACAAUUCGAACUCGUCAAGGAACUUGCACCAAAUGAGGCAUCUGUGCACUUCCUACUUGCACAGCUCUACAACAUACAAAACGACAAAUACCUGGCGAUUCGGGAGUUCACUAUCGCCUUGAAUCUCGAUCCCAAGGGAAACUAUUUGAUCAGAGAGGCGAUGGAGAUGCUCAAAGAGUCGUAA